AUGCAGCCGGCAAAGGGCAAGGCCGACGCACACGGACGCAAGGCAAAGCUUGCCAACUCGUAUCAGCAACUCCUAGACGAGUUUGCCAGCAACGACCUCCAGUCCGUCGGCAACUACACCCUCGGCCGCUUGAUCGGAAAGGGUUCCUUUGGCAAAGUCUACCUGGCCACGCACAAACUCACCAAUGGCUCAAAGGUUGUUCUCAAAUCCGCCCACAAGACGGAUUCAAACCUCGCUCGCGAAAUCCACCACCACCGGCAGUUCAAACAUCCUCACAUUGCGAGGCUAUACGAGGUCAUCGUCACAGAGACCCUGAUAUGGAUGGUGCUGGAGUACUGUUCUGGCGAUGAGCUCUACAACUACCUCCUCGAGCAUGGCCCUCUCCCUGUCCACAAGGUUCAAAAAAUCUUUGCCCAAUUGGUCGGCGCCGUCUCCUACGUUCACAUGCACUCGUGUGUCCACCGCGACCUCAAGCUCGAAAACAUCCUCUUCGACAAGCACGAAAACGUCAAGCUCGUCGACUUUGGCUUCACCCGCGAAUAUGAGGGCAGGACCAAUCACCUGCAGACGUUUUGCGGCACCAUAUGCUACGCAGCCCCAGAGAUGCUCAGGGGCGAAAAGUAUGCUGGCGAAAAGGUCGACGUCUGGAGCCUGGGCAUCAUCCUCUAUGCCCUGCUCUGCGGAGAGCUGCCUUUUGACGAGGACGACGACGGCGUAACCCGCACCAGGAUCCUCUCCGAGGAGCCAAAGUACCCCGAUCACCUCCCCGCCGACGCCGUUCCUCUUCUCAAGGCCCUCCUCUCGAAGCGCCCCUUUCCUCGCCCCUCCUUGCAAGACAUUCUUGCCCAUCCGUUCCUCGCCGAGCAUGCGACGGCGCAGCAAGCCAUCCUCGGCGUCAAGGCUCCACCCCCCUUCUCCACCGCCCUAGAAAAGGACUGCCUGCAGAGGAUGCGCAGCGCCGGCGUGGAAAUCGACUCCAUCGUCGACUCCGUCUCGGCCCAGAAAUGUGAUGCCCUGUCCGGCUGGUGGACACUCCUCUUGGAGAAGGAAGAGCGCAAGAUGCGCAGGAGGGAAAAGAAGCGAAGAGAAAAGGACAUGGACAGGAACCAGCGUCGGCUCUCGGCGGCCUCUAGCCGGCUCGAGCGCCUCGCGCCGACGCUGCAAGACGUCGAUGAGGAUGGCAGCCUGACGGGCCAGUUCGUCAGGUUCGGCGACCCGAGUGGACCGAGGAGCCGAGGACGGAGCGAGCGUCGGAGCGCACAGUUUUACAGCGAUUCGGCUAUACCUGAUCUGCCACAGCUCCCAGAGGCCAACCAGGAAGGCGUCGACACGGACGCCGACGAGAUGCCCCCUACGCCCAUCGACAAAGACUCGAUUCGCUCCGUCUCCACCUCCCGCCAACGGCGACCUAUCCCGCCGCCCAAGGAAGGAGUCAUACGCAGCGCGAGAUCCCGGGGAUCUACGCUGCAUCUCGUCGCGACGUCCGAACCACUCGCCAAGAACGCCGGCACUAACGGCAUGAACCCGCGCCAUCCCCAAGACACUGCCGGACAACAAAAGACGAAGAAGAAGCCGAGCGAGGCCAUCAUCGCCCAUUGGAAGCACUGGACGCACUGGUUCAUUGAAAACACGAGGCGACGCAAGGGGCACGACCGGCGCAUUAGCCGCAGCACACCCAACUUGCAUCUCAAGGAGGCCGGCGGCAACGGCAACAAAGACGCAAAGGCGCCGCUGCCCAAGGGAGUGGUGGCUAACGGUCACACGGCCCGAGGGCAAGCGGCCGCGCAGGGCGGCAACACCAUCAGGGCCACCGCCUCGAGGUCGUCCCUCUCCACCCCCUCACACCAGCAGUCUCUGCGGCCCCGUAUCACGACCUCGCAGUCAUACAAGAGACAGUCGCUAUCCCCCUCGCCCCUAACGCCGCGAUCUACCGUACGGCGCUCCUCGACGGGCUUGCGGGGCAGGAAGUCGACGUCGUCGUCCGUCUCGUCUGUUCGCUCGAUGCACCACCACCACCACUCCCACUCCAAGGCUUCGUCGACUAGCUCGGCGGGAUCCGUCUCCACAUGCAAGACACCACUGGGCCGGGGUCACUCACCGCACCACUCGGUCAAGGUGCUCCCCGCCACGCCAACGUCGAGCUCCUUUCCCUCCAACAUUCGCCUCGUCCUCGGUUCGCCCGGACCAGCGCCUCGCCAGCUCUUCAAUGAGGGGAUGCCCGGCAACCAGCAGCAGACCCCCGGCUCGCCGAAUCCCUUCACGUCUGGCGUGCUGUUUGCCAAGCGUAAGAAGAAUCUUUUCAAGGGACCGACACUGAACUUCGGCACGGGGGGCAGCAGCAGCAGGCGCGCGAGUUCCGGUGCCCAUUCUCGCAGCGGCAGCGGCUCGGCCCUGGGCCGCCGCUCCGGGGAGAUUACUAUUCAAGAAGAGGACGAGAACGCGAUGGCGGAAGAACCCGAGUUGGAGUGCGAAGAGGUGGAAGUGUUCAACCCCAUUGUCGGUGGGCCAGGGGAGACCAUUGAGGAGCACGUCAUCGAGGACGGGGAGCCAACGCUGGCUUUGAAUGACGACGGCCCGGCUCUGCAGGCGGUUGGAGGCGCAUCGGGGGCUGCUACCGGACCCCCGGACCCAGAAGCAGGCGAUGCGGCACCUAAGACUUGA